GUACAAUUUGCCCUUCAGCAGACGCCAGCUUCAAGAACUGCCGCGUGCAAAAUAAGUCGCAAGACUGCACGUCCGGCGAGAGCGGUACGGCCACCACGGCCGCCCCUAGCAAUUCGGCGGCCACAACGGCCGCCCCCACAACGGCCGCCCCUAGCAAUUCGGCCGUCACCCUGGACUGUUCAGGUGACACAUUUAUUGAUUGCUGGACCUUCUUCUCAGCUCCUGACCCCACUCACGGAGACGUCGUGUACGUGCCUGAAAGUACGGCUAUGGACCUGGGCUUGUAUUCCGUGCAAGAUGACGUGGUGUAUCUCAAAAGCUUGGUUGGUCAGAACGGGCCGGCCAAGAGUAUCAGGCUUCAGUCUAGAAAGGUCUAUCAAGCCGGGCAUGUCUUCUUGAUCGACAUCCAGCACAUGCCCACGGGUCAGGGAACUUGGCCAGCUUGGUGGUCCUUUGGGCCGGAUUGGCCGAACAAUGGAGAGAUUGACACAAUUGAAACAGUGAACAUCGAGAAUGUUGUGCAGUCCACCCUACACACCAGUGAUGGAUGUUACAUGUACGGCGUUGAUGGGAUCAGCACUCCGAACUGCGUGUCAGGGCAAGGGCAGUCUGGCUGCGGAGUCAACGGUCCCGACAAUAGCGGGGGCCCCGGCUUCAAUGCCAAUGGAGGCGGAGUCUUUGCCACCCAGUGGACAACCGAGGCCAUCUACAUCUGGUUUUGGCCCCGUGACAAGAUUCCAGCGGAUCUCGACCAAGGGAACACAUUGUCCUGGGGAACGCCUUACGUGACCUUCCCCUUCUGGAACUGUCCUUCGUGGCACUUCAAUGAUCAACAGCUCGUGAUCAAUCUGGACUUUUGUGGCGAUUGGGCAGGUUCAGUGUUUCCAGGCGGGAACCAAGCUUGCAUUGAGUAUGUCCAGAACCCAGCCAAUAUCGGUGCGCUCUCGGAGGCGUAUUGGGCGAUCAAUUACGUGAAGGUCCUGUUUUGA